CCGCAAAAACCUCAGCCCGAGCUCGCACACGGCACACCGCGAGGGCCAGCCAUGGCGCCACCUGCCAUGGCGUUCCAGGCUCUCACUCUCGGCCCCCUACCGGCCCCACUCCCCACGCCGCGCCGCCGCGUGCGCGUGCGCGUGCGCGUGCGAGUCCUCGCCGUAGCGGCCGACCACACCCCUCCGCCGCCACCGUCCUCCCCGCCGGAGCCGGCCAACAGCCCGAGCAGGCUCCUCCGCGAGCUCGCGGAGCGGAAGAAGGCCGUGUCGCCCAAGAAGAAGCACCCGCCGCGGCGCUUCAUACUCAAGCCGCCGCUCGACGACGAGCGCCUCACCCAGCGGUUCCUCAACAGCCCGCAGCUGUCGCUCAAGGCGCUGCCGCUGCUCUCCUCCUGCCUCCCCUCGGCGCCGCUCUCCGCCGCCGACCGGACCUGGAUGGACGAGUACCUCCUCGAGGCCAAGCAGGCGCUCGGGUACCCGCUCGCCCCCUCCGAGACGCUCGGGGACGGCGACGACUGCCCCGCGCGGCACUUCGACGUGCUCCUCUACCUCGCGUUCCAGCACCUGGACCCCUCCUGCGAGCGCACGCGGACGCGGCACGCUCGGAAUGGCCACUCCAGGCUCUGGUUCCUGGGCCAGUACGUCCUGGAGCUUGCGUUCUGCGAGUUCUUCCUGCAAAGGUAUCCCCGGGAAUCCCCUGGACCUAUGCGGGAGCGGGUGUUCGCACUGAUCGGGAAGAGAGUGAUACCGAAGUGGAUCAAGGCAGCUAGCCUUCACAAUUUGGUGUUCCCAUACGACGAUUUGGAUAGGAUGAUACGGAAAGACCGGGAGCCACCAGCAAAGGCUGUAUUCUGGGCACUGUUUGGAGCUAUAUAUUUGUGCUUUGGAAUGCCUGAAGUCUAUCGUGUUCUUUUUGAGGCGUUUGGAAUGGAUCCUGAAGAUGAGAGCUGUCAGCCAAAGCUGCGGCGCCAACUAGAAGAUGUUGACUAUGUAUCAGUGGAGUUUGAAAAGAGACAACUUACAUGGCAAGAUGUUGCUGCCUAUCGGCCACCACCAGAUGCUCUCUUUGCUCACCCUAGACUAUUCCGAGCAUGUGUGCCACCAGGCAUGCAUCGUUUCAGAGGAAAUAUUUGGGACUUUGACAAUAGGCCCAAGGUCAUGAGCACCCUUGGAUAUCCAUUGCCUAUGAAUGACAGAAUUCCAGAAAUCACAGAAGCAAGGAACAUAGAGCUUGGACUUGGCCUUCAGCUGUGCUUCUUGCAUCCCUCAAAGCAUAAGUUUGAGCAUCCAAGAUUUUGUUUAGAGCGUCUGGAGUAUGUCGGACAGAAAAUUCAGGACCUAGUGAUGGCAGAGAGGCUGCUCAUGAAGCAUCUCGAUGCACCAGGUAGGUGGUUGGCAGAGAAGCAUCGGAGAUUGCUGAUGAACAAAUACUGCGGACGAUACCUGCGGGACAAGCACCUCCACCACUACAUUAUCUACGGGGAGUCUGUGCAAGACAGAUUCGAACACAACCGCCGGUUGAGAAAUCCUUCGACGACUGCUGUCCAGCAAGCAAUACACGGCCUUGCAUACUGCGUCUACGGCAAACCGGAUGUGAGGCGAUUGAUGUUCGAGGUGUUUGACUUCGAGCAGGUCCAACCGAAAGCAGUAUGCCAGUUUGGGCCUCACGCUCGCAGGCCUGUACAGCGUCUUGCUCACUCAACCAAGGCCCAAACUCUGAACCCUAGCGCCGUCUCCUCCCCUUCCGUCGUCUCCUCCCCCGGCUUCCCUAGCAUCUCCACGGCGUCGCUGCUCUCAAAUUCCGCGAAAAAUCUCGAGAGACCGGUAGUCGAAUCUGCUCGAGGCUUGCAAGGCGGCUGCAGGAAGAGGAGGAGGAGGAGGAUGUCGUCGCUGCGGAACGCGAUCCCGCGGCGCGCUCACAAGGAGCGCGCCCAGCCGGAGGCGAGGAAGAAGUUUGGGCUUCUGGAGAAGCACAAGGACUAUGUCGUUCGGGCUAAGGCUUUCCACCGCAAGGAGGAAACCAUCAGGAAAUUGAAGGAGAAGGCAUCAUUCAAGAACCCUGAUGAGUUCUAUUUUAAGAUGAUCAACAGCAGGACUGUGGAUGGAAUCCAUAAGCCCAAGCCUGAAGCAAACAAGUAUACUGAGGAGGAACUCAUGCUGCUAAAAACUAAAGAUAUGGGAUACAUUCUUCAGGGUAUUCAGAGUGAAAAGAAGAAAAUUGAAAGAUUAAGCUCCAUGCUUCAUGAACUAGACAACAAACGACCAAACAAGCAUGUUUACUUUGCUGAAGAUAGAGAAGAAGCCAAAGAAAUACAAUCUAGAAUAGAACAAAAGAGCAAUUCACUUGGUUUCGACAACAUCCCUUCCCGUAUAAGGAGGAAAACUGCUUCAUCCUACAGGGAAUUAGAGGAGAGGAAACAGAGGGUUCAAAAGCUUGAGAAACUAUAUGCAGACAUGGCCUUACAAAAAGAGUUGAAGAAACCUGGACGCAAAAGAAAACUCCGGGAGGAUGAGAUUGAGAAUCAAACAUCACAACCUGUUUAUAAGUGGCGAGCACAACGGAAGAGGUGAGAUGAUAUCAAUGGCCAACAAUGGAAUCAUUGAGAACACAUGGAGUAUCAUUACCAGUACAUCCUAAGGAAAACGGAGGGGUGCUGUUUUUUUUUUCCUUGAAUCCUAGUGCAUUCAUGUAACGGUACUCCUCCAUGUUGAAUUGUAUUUGUGGAUCCAUGUUGGAUAAAAAUGUUGGGUAGUAAGCAUCAACAUUUGAUAACUUGAUUGGUCCAAUUCUUAACGAACCGGACGUAAUCAACUGUCCACGAUUAGCAGGCAUCCCAGCACGCAGAGCACGGUUCCAGAAAAUCAACCUUGAGAACUUAUAUCAUUUGAUGUCUUGCGUCACAUGAUUAGCAUGUAAAAGCCAGUCUUUAUUGUAUGAAAGAAACAUGAUAUAUUCUCCCCCCAAAAAAGAGGUUAUACUCGGCCUCUCUAUGCAUU